GUCUGACUCUCUCUUACCAUCUCCUACAGAUACUCGACCAUGACAUCAUUCAAGCUUCUUGAUGGCCUAUCAGGUCUCCACCUUCAAGAUCAGAUCACUCUUUCCAACUUCGGACAGGGACCGCGUCAACCCGUUCGUCAUUCAACAGUUCAUGAGGCAUUUGAAAGUACAGUCGAUACAAAUCCCGACUCAGUUGCAGCCGUCUUCAAUCAAACGUCUCUCACCUACCGAGAAUUGGACGCGGCAGCAAAUCAGUUCGCCAAUCAUCUCCUUGCAUCAGGUCUGCAACGAAAUGAGAGAGUAUGCCUUGUUGUGCAACGAUCGCUGGAGAUGCUGAUUGGCAUCUUGGCAAUCUUGAAAGCAGGCUGUCAAUAUGUACCAAUUGAUGGAGGCGUCGCAUCGGACAAGCAGCUAGCUCACAUCUUCAACGACACGGCAACACGACAGGUACUGUGUCUGCCAAAAUUCCAUGACCGAGUCAAGGAGUUUGCGAGGGCGGAAACUAGCAUCACGUUGCUGAGUCGAGAUCAUCUUCUGCACGCAUCAGAGCGAAGGCCGCUUGUCGAGUGUAGCGGAGCUAUGGGAUGUUACGCUAUAUACACAUCUGGAAGUACAGGGAUCCCGAAGGGUGUCGAUGUCUCACAUGCAAAUGUUACUAAUGCUUUGUUGCUGGAGCCUGCCAACCUGGGAAUUCGCAAUGGAUCAAAAGUCGGGUCAGUACUGAGCAUCGCUUUUGACAUGGGUGCAUGGGAGAUUUUGGCUUGUCUCAUGAAUGGCGGAACUCUGUAUAUGAGAGGAUCACGCUGGGAAGCUACUCUCAAAGAGAUUGAUACAUUGAUCUCGACACCUUCUAUUCUAUCGAAAUAUCGAAGGGCGGACUACUUGAACAUCAAGACUGUCGUCACCGGCGGCGAGCCUUGCCCUCAAAGUCUUGCAGACGAAUGGGCAGAGGGGACCACAUUUUACAACAUCUGUGGUCCAACUGAGAUUACGAUCCUCAAUUCUGCGCACCGACACACGCCUGGUGCAGCUCUCUCGAUUGGACGGCUCUUGCCAAACACGACGUGCUACGUUCUCGACGAAGAUGAGAAUCCAGUAUUGCCAGGUGUCAAAGGCUCUGCGUGGGUCGGCGGAGCGGGUGUGACGAAAGGCUACAUCAACCUGCCUGCAUUGACAUCUGAACGGUACAAAUUCGACAAAUUUAGAAACGAUGGUUCUGUUAUGUUCAACACGAAUGACAUUGUGCGCUGGAGAGAUGACGGGUCUCUGGAGACAUUUGGUCGAGGUGAUGAUCAGGUCAAGAUCAAGGGUUUCCGCGUAGAGCUUGAUGGUGUAUCGGCUACCAUCGAGAGUUUUGAUGGAAUCGCAAGAGCUGCCGCUUUGAAAAUUGAUAACAGCCUGCACGCAUUCUAUGCGGCUACAAAGUCCAUCGUUGAGGCGGACCUCGUGGAAUCAGUCAAGCUCGUGCUACCUUACUACUCCGUACCCACGACUUGGCACUUUGUUGGAGCAAUACCACUCACGGCCAAUGGUAAAGUCGAUAGAACCACACUUCGCACGCUUGCUGCGGAACGCUGUGCGAGGGCUGACUCUGUCAUGGUCACGACAUCAACCGUAACACAAGUCGACACGGCUACGCCUUCGGAAGAGGUCGUUCACACCGAGCUUCAAGAGCAUAUGCUGAAUCUGGAGAAGAAGCCAGGAGUCAUUGAGACGGAAGUCUCAACGCCAUCUUCUGACUCGUCGAAGAGCAUCGUCGAUGUAGAGAAAGGCCCUGUUGUCAUCGAAAGUGGUCUUGACACACCUGAUGUGCCUGACACGCUGCCCCCGAAGCACGGCUUCCAUGGUCAACGAUGGCUUCGCCAUCGAGCCUUCAUCCUAUACCGCCGUUUCCUUUCGAUUGUCGUCCUUGCCAACUUGGCUGUUGCCGGGUUCAUCCUUCAUCGCAAGAUCGGAUAUGGCGAGCGCGUACUUUCGCAUCUUGCCACAGCCGCUGCCUCCAACCUCUGCGUAGCGGUACUUAUGCGUUCGGAGCCGGUGGUUAACCUGCUCUUCACGGUAUUCUGCUCAGUGCCAACUUGGUUCCCACUCGCAGUACGCCGACACUGCGCAAGAAUCUUCCACAUUGGAGGGAUCCACAGUGGAUGCGCGAUUGCUGCGACUAUCUUCUUUUCGAUUUUCACCAUAACAGCUACCGUGGAGGUGAGCACAGGGCUGCCGUCACAAGGUGUCUCCACAGCAGUACUCGUUUUGUCGUAUCUGGCUAUGGUGCUCCUAGUCGCCAUUGGAUGCAUGUCACACCCGACCAUACGCAUGAAGUACCACAACAUCUGGGAGAUGAGUCACCGCUUUGGUGGUUGGACUGCGCUUAUCCUUCUCUGGGCGCAAACAGUCCUAGCCACAAAGGACCUCAAGGAUGUUAGUGUUGCACCAUCAACGGCAUAUCUCAACUCGCCCUCAUUGUGGCUCCUGGGUAUCGCUACAGCGGCUAUCAUUUUCCCUUGGUUGCAUCUCCGCAAGGUUCCUGUACGCUCUGAAGUGUUAUCCAACCAUGCAGUAAGACUUUGGUUCGACUAUACGACUCCGGUUGUUGGCACGGCUGUGCGCCUUGCCGAACGGCCCUUGAUCGAUUGGCACGGGUUUGCGACCAUUACCAACCCGAAGACGCUCAAGAACCCCAACGCGACUGGCUUUUCGUUGAUUGUCAGCCGUGCAGGCGACUUUACCGGGCGCACUAUAGAGCGGGCACCAACGCACAUCUGGGUGCGUGGGAUUCCAGCAUGCGGCGUCCUCCGAAUUGCGACGCUGUUCAAGUCGGUGGUGCUUGUGGCUACCGGGUCAGGCAUCGGACCUUGCCUGGCGGUGAUCUUGGCUAAGAAGGUCCCUGCUCGUAUUCUCUGGACGGCACCGAAUCCAGAGCAGACGUUUGGGAAGGAGAUUGUUGACAGCGUGUUGGAUACAGAUCCCAAUGCGGUCAUCCACAACACGAGGACCAUGGGCAAGCCGGAUAUGAGUCUAAUGGCGUACAGACUGUGGAAGGAGAGUGGAGCUGAAGCAGUGUGCAUAAUCAGCAACAAGAAGUUCACGACGAAGGUGGUGUACGACUUGGAGGCGAGGGGAAUCCCGGCGUACGGGGCGGUCUUCGACUCGUGAGGGGUGGGGGUGGGGGGUGAGGGGUGAGGGGUGAGAGGCGAAGAGGGAGGCAAGUGGGCUUUAGAGGCAAGGUUAGAAAUUGGGACAGGAGGC